AUGAGCCGCCUCGGGCCGCCGCCGCUGCCGCUUCUGCUGCUCGGGGCGCUGGGUGCUCUGAGCUCAACCCCGGCCGCGGGGCAGGACCCGGCCCCGAGCCCCCAGCCCAGCGCCCGGCCCAAUGCCAGCAGGCCGGUGUUCCCGGUAUUCCCGUGCGGGGGGGACCAUCGAGGGGAGUCGGGGUUCAUCGCCAGCGAGGGCUUCCCCCGGCAUUACCCCCCCGGCAGCAACUGCACCUGGACCAUCACGGUCCCCGAGGGCCAGGUGGCCACCCUGUCCUUCCGCGUCUUCGACCUGGAGCCGGACCCCCUGUGCCGCUUCGAUGCCCUCUCGGUGUUCGGGGGCCACGGCCCCGGGGCGCCGCUUUUGGGGCGCUUCUGCGGCACCUUCCGCCCGGGGGCCCUGCGGGCGCCCCAAAACCGGCUCCGGCUGCACAUGGAGAGCGACGGCGGCACGGCCGGGAGGGGAUUCCUGGCCUGGUUCAGCGCUGGCAGCCCCCCAAGCAACGGUGGCCCCAUCGUCUCCAGCUCCCCGGAGCUGCUGGUCCAGUUCGUGUCGGAUCUGAGCGUCACCGCCGACGGCUUUUCGGCCACCUACACCCUGCGGGACCGGGGCAGCGCCCCCGAGACCCCCCCCACAAAACCCCGGGGCGGGGGGAAGGGGAAGCCCCCCCCCAGCCCCAAGGUGGAGCCCCCCACGGCCCCCCCAGCUUUGGGCACCCCCUGCCCCCAGCGCUGCCGCCGCGCCGGGACCCUCCAGAGCAACUUCUGCAGCAGCGAUUUCGUGCUGACGGGGACGGUGAAAUCGGUGUCGCGGGGGCCGCCCCAGGAGCUGGGCUGGGCCGUGGUGUCCGUCCUCAGCCUCUACAAGUCGGGGGGCCUGGUGGUCCCCCAGCCCGCCAAGGGGGCCACGCUGCGGCUGCAGCUGCCCUGCCGCCUCUGCCCCGCGCUCAAGAAAGGCUCAAGCUACGUCCUGAUGGGGCGGCUGGGGGAGGACGGGGGAGCCCUGCUGCCCCCCGACGCCUUCGUCGUGCCCUACCGCCCGCAGCAGCAGCAGAUUUUGGGGAACCUCAGCAAGAAGCCGUGUCGGGGGACCCCCUGAGACCCCCCCCGG